AUGACUUCCAACGAUUCAUUAUGCGAUCCACCAUUACCAGAAGGCCGCAUGGCUCGCCUCGAUCGAGCUCGCCGCGAGGUCAGGCAGUCUCUUCAGAAUGCGCUCGGUAAUAACAAUCCCCUUAAUCCAACGCCAACCCUACAAUACAAUCUUCAACAUCCUGCCAAUAAAUCACAUCGACGUGCGACUCUGCUCGAUCUCGCACACGCUAAUGUUGAGCUCGACGAUGCCGUCCAGGAUAUGGCGGGGGAACCAAGGCACACUUCCGGACGAUGGAGAGAGCUUCUGAAAACUUAUUCUGCACCCCGUGGUGCAGCGUAUGCUUCUGCUUCCGCUGCAGCGGCAGCAACACAGCGCCCUAAGAGUGGAGGGUAUCCAGGGCAUGAGAUUCAUCCUGUUCCUUCGAAUUUAGAUAGUGCCCGGGAUGACUCGGAAGGAGAAGCAAGUACUCCUCCUGAUUAUGCUGUUCCUCCAGACUCCAGCAACAGUGGCAAUGAUGCUGACGACGAGGUCGAAUUCGAGAAUCCAGUUGAUGCUGUGAGUCGUGCUGGUGUACAAGACUUAGCCGAAGGCGCGAGCGUGGUUCCAUACAUUGGCGAGCUUCCACGCUCCACUGUCAGCAACGCUAACAGCGACUUUGCUGGUCAGCGGUCGAAUGCUGAUGCGAAUCGCACCAUCGCUCGCAAUGAUUUGGAGACAGGUUUUAGCUCUCCUCCAGGUUUUGGCGUUCUCCCAGACGCCAGCGAUAGCAACGGCCCUGGAGAUCCGGACGAGGGUGUGGUUCCCUUGGCCGUGAGUGGUGGACUUGGCCAGUAUUAUCCAGACGACGGAAACAACAACGGAGAAGAUGAGAAAAAUGGUAAUGGCUUUGUGUACGUCCCACCGACCAAUGCCGGGGUCGACCAAGAGGAUAGAGAAGAAGACCAGGACCCAGGCAUUGUCCCAUCCGACGGCGAGGAAAACAGCAUUGCCGCCCCCAACGACGAAGACGAGGAAGAAAAAGCAAUCGACGACGGCAGCAACAGAGCCCCAGCCAUCUCCCAACGCCCUGCAAGACCACCCACCAGCAGAGACAAUUCCUCCAUCCCGCCUCAACCAACCUACGAGAUCAAUCAGAUCCUCGAGAAACGCAACGAACAGUACCGUAUCGAAUGGUCUAGCACCUGGAUUGCGAAUUCCGAUCUCCAUCCGUACCAGCCCGAUGACCUGCGUCCGGCAGAUUCCCACCAUCGCACGAAUCUCUGGCCAGUGCAGAAGAUUGUAAGCAGGGUUCGGGGGAGGAGUCUGGUGGAAUGGCAGCCCACUUGGGAGCCGGAGGGGUUUCUGGAACCGGCCGCGAGGAGGGAAUGGCAGAGGAAGAAGCAGGGGACGAGGGCUCAUUCGAUUGGGUUUGUGGUUCGAGAGUAG